AUGAUUUUUGAAGAUCUCAUUGAUGUGUUAAAUAACUUAUUUAUAAAUAGCGAAGAUUCUUCUUUUAGUUCAAGCGAUGACUUCAAUUUAAUUUUUGAUGAUGAUGAUUUCGAUGGUGAGCCUAGAAGAAAGAAACCUCGAGCUGAAAAUGUUAUUGAAGAAGUAAUUGAUAAAUAUAAUGAUGAUGAAUUCAGAGAAAAUCACAGGUUUGAUAGAACAAUAUUUGAAGUAGUUUUACAAAUUAUCACACCAGAUUUGAAGGGGAACCCAUACCAUCUUGGAAAUAAGCCGAUACCUGCGAACAAACAAUUGUACAUUGCAUUGUACUAUUUAGGGUCGCCAGACUCGUAUAGGUGAAUUAUUAACAAAUUUGAUGUCGGUAAGGCUACUGCUUGGAGAGCAGUCAAGCGUGUCGCGAGAGCAUUGUGUAAUCGAAGAGACCAAUUUAUUCGAUGGCCUACGUCAGAUGAAGCUAUUGAAACUGCAGAAAGCAUACAGCAUAUGUACGGUUUUCCUGGAGCUAUUGGUGCUAUCGAUGGAACUUUAAUACAAAUAGCUUCUCCAUACGUUGACGCUGAAGCCUAUAUCGAUAGGCAUAGUCAUCAUUCAAUUCAAACACAAGUUGUUGCAAAUGACAAACUCAGAUUUUUACAUGUUUUCACUGGAGCUCCUGGUUCAGUCCACGAUAUGAGAGUAUUUAAAUAUUCCAAUAUACAGCGAAGGUGUAACAAUUACUUCAUUCCAGAAAAUUGUCAUUUGUUAGGCGAUAAAGCUUAUACUCUACAAAAACAUAUUAUGGUACCAUACAGAGAUAAUAGCCAUCUAACAGUAGAAGAUAAAUUUUUCAAUAACCGUCUGUCAAGUGCGCGAAUGAUGGUAGAAAGAGCUAUUGGUCUGCUAAAGGGACGCUUUCGCAUUUUGUUUAAUAUUCCGAUGAGAAGAACGGAUUUAAUUCCGUAUUAUAUUUUAGCUUGUUGCAUACUCCAUAAUAUAUGCUUGAUGGAAGAAGAUGAUUUUAAAUUUUUAUAUGAACCUGAACACUUUAUUGAUGAUGAAAUUGAAGCCAUGGAUAUAACGCAAGAAGCGCAACUUGAAGAUGAAGAAAAUCGCGAUAGAAUACGCAAUCAAUUAGCUAAUUAA